AUGUCAGCAAAAUUAAUAGUUCACAAAUUUGAAACUGGUUUCAACUUUAAAUCAUUGCAGAUUAGUAUUCGGGAAGAUGAUAAUGACUUCUCUGAAACUAACUUCAGUGAAUGGUUAGAUGGGAGGAGUUUUCAGAAAAAAAGAGAAAAUGAAAAGUUGCCACGUUUGGUUGUCAAAAUUGUUUCUGGGAAUGAGAUAAGUAAUUUAAAUCUUGAUUCUUGUGCAAAGUUACUUACCAAUAAAGAACUCUGUUCUUAUCACGAUUCUACUGACAAUUAUGGAAAGAAAAACACCAUAGAAUUACAACAUCUUAAUGCUAUUUAUGAUAUUGAAAGAUUAAAUUAUUUCAAUUGUAAUGAUGCAAAGCAAUCAUCCUAUUUAUAUAAUGAUGCUAUCCAAAGUGAGAACUGUCUUAAUACAAUGAAUCCUUUGGAGUACAGUUUAGAAAAAGUAAAAGAAAAUAAUGCCCGUAUUAUGGAAAAUAUCCAAAUGCUAAAUCACACUUUAAAUUAUACUAAAAAAAAGGAAUCAUUAGAUAAUGUCUGCCCAAAAUCAAUUCAAUCCUUCCCUUGUGAUACUUGUGGCAAAAGCUUUGUUUAUGAAACUGGUCUGAAAAGGCAUUACUCUAUAAGACACUCUUUAAUAGAAUCUCAGCCGCAGUGGCAAGUUGUUUGGACCUGCAUUGAGUGUUUCCAAGUGUGGCCUCAAUAUGAGCUAGCUUUAAGCCACGCUAGCCAAUGUUGUAAAUCUGAUAGGACCAAUUGUGUCAGAGAAAUAAAAACCUCUUCAGUGCUACAAUGUGAGUUCUGCGAAAAAGUAUUUACAAGUAUUCCCAGAUUGUUAAGACAUGCUAAAAUGCACACAACAGAUAAUAACUAUGAGUGUAAUGCAUGUAACUUAGCCUUUAAAUGUUACAAAGCUGCUGAAGAACACUGGUUGACAUGUCCAUGGUUAAAAACUUGUUACAAUUUCUCUUUGCCAAAACUUCUGCUGUGUAAUGCAUGUGAUAGAAAGUUCAGAAAUUAUGAACAACUUUACAAUCAUAGGUGA